AUGGUCUUAGAUCCUUUAGGUAGGAGGAGGGACGUGAUUGCAGCUCGCGCGAGGGCAUCAGCGUGGCUGUGCUCGAUUGCGUUGGAGUCUAGUGGUGUCUUCUUACCUUCCGAUCCGGCCUUCUUCCUCUUCGCAGUGGUUUGCUUGUCCUUGCCUGUCUUUCUUUGGCUUUGGCGGUGGCAGCGUUUGCCUUCGGCGAGUUACGCCCGGCUCUGGGCAAGAAAUUCUACUGGUUUUGCUUACUUUACCACGGUGUGGCAGCCUUCUGGUCUGCAGUUACCUUUGCAGACCUUUACCAACUUCCAACAGAUUCAUUAG